UGUCAUACCGAAGAAAAAAAUCCAUUUCCAUUUCUUCUCUAGAAAAAACCGCCAUGCCAACCUCUCUCUCCACCUUUGGUUUCCUUCUCCUCCUUCUCUUCAUCAGCCACGAGGGUGGCUUCAUUGGAACCGCUGACGCCGAACAUGACCUCAUAGCCACUGAUUCCCACAACCAUCGGGUCCAUCGCCAUCGUCGCCACCGUGGCCACCGUCGUGGAGAAGAGCUUGAGUACUCAGCCAUAUCAUGUAGAGCUUACUCAGCCUCCUUGGACGAGUUUGGCGCCGUGGGAGACGGUGUGACCUCAAAUACGGUAGCGUUUCGUGACGCAGUCUCACAACUUAGCCGUUUCGCUGACCACGGUGGCUCACUGUUAUUUGUUCCCGCUGGACGGUGGCUCACCGGAAGCUUUAACCUCACCAGCCAUUUUACGCUCUUUCUCCACCCUGAUGCUGUUAUCCUCGCUUCUCAAGAAGAGAGUGACUAUGAAGUGAUAGAGCCAUUGCCUUCGUACGGGCGAGGGAGAGACACAGAUGGUGGAAGAUUCAUCAGUCUACUUUUCGGUUCAAACUUAACCGACGUGGUUAUCACCGGGGAGAAUGGGACAAUUGAUGGACAAGGAGAGCCAUGGUGGGGGAAAUUCAAGAGAGGAGAACUAAAAUACACCAGACCCUAUUUGAUUGAGAUUAUGCAUUCUGAUGGUAUACAAAUCUCCAAUCUCACUUUCUUGAACUCUCCUUCUUGGCAUAUUCACCCGGUCUACAGCAGCAAUAUAUUAAUCCAAGGGUUGACAAUAUUAGCACCGGUCACGGUACCAAAUACUGACGGAAUCAACCCCGAUUCUUGUACCAACACGAGGAUCGAGGACUGCUACAUCGUCUCCGGCGACGAUUGUAUCGCCGUAAAGAGUGGAUGGGAUCAGUACGGAAUUGCAUACGGCAUGCCUACGAAACAGCUCUUGAUCCGACGGCUCACAUGCAUCUCCCCAGACAGUGCCGUGAUCGCUCUCGGCAGCGAGAUGUCCGGUGGAAUUGAAGAUGUUCGAGCUGAAGAUAUCGUCGCCAUUGACUCUGAAUCUGGAAUCAGGAUCAAAACAGCUAUUGGACGAGGAGGUUACGUGAAAGAUGUGUAUGUAAGAGGAAUGACAAUGAAGACGAUGAAGUAUGUGUUUUGGAUGACCGGGAGUUACGGUUCUCAUCCCGACGAGCAUUAUGAUCCUAAAGCGUUACCGGUGAUUCAGAACAUCAAUUACCAAGACAUGGUAGCCGAGAACGUGACGAUGCCUGCACAGUUGGCUGGUAUAUCAGGGGACCAGUUUACAGGAAUCUGUAUCUCUAACGUGACGAUCACUCUAUCGAAGAAACCUAAGAAAGUGCUUUGGAAUUGUACGGAUGUCUCGGGUUAUACCAGUGGAGUGACUCCUGCGCCGUGUCAGUUGUUGCCGGAGAAGCAGCCGGGGACGGUUGUGCCGUGUAACUUCCCGGAAGAUCCGAUUCCUAUUGAUGAAGUGAAGCUUCAACGUUGCUACUCUAGAAGAAGGAAUAUGUGAUUAUGUUUUUUCUUUCUUACACAUAUAUUUCUUGGGUUAUAAGUAAAACGUGUUAUCAAAUUUGGACAGAUUUGAUUGAAUAACAGACAAAGCUUUAUUUGAAAAACGAGAAGAAAAUAAUAAUUAUCUUUUACAUA